UUUUAUCCUGAUCUAUUUAUGAUAUAAAUUAAUAAACAUUGUUAAUAUUAAUUUUAUUUUUCUGUUGCAGCCGGAGACGGUGCCGCAGGCCUCCAUCGACAUGAACAAGGUGGUGGAGGUGACCCCGGCAGAUGAGCUGACGGGCAACCCCUACAGCCUGGCCAUCACCGCCCCGGACGCCGUCCACUUCGUCAAGGGCACGUCCAGGGAGGAGGCCAGGUUCUGGACCGACGUUCUGUCCGUCUUCCCGAGCGAAAAUAAAAAUCGGUCGAGUUAUCAUACCCGAACAGGUAUCACAGAGCCGGGGAGAGGCAGUGGAUGGCAACAGGUGACAGCAGAGCAGUAUCUAGGUUUAUGUGCCGGGCGUUCCGUUAGUACAGCCGCAGCGACUAGUGUCUCUUAUCUGAUUCUGCCCCGACACCCUUUCCAAUUAUGCCGGACUAUCCCUAAAUCGUAUAGCCCAGUGGUGUUGGGAUACAGGAGCGCCAAUCCGGCAAUGCCAUUUGGCCUCCUCGAAGAAAGAAAGGCAAGAGCUCUUCCCUUGCGGUUUGUCCCCGCAGGGAGACAUAAAAGGAAUGCUACUUUUCCUGGCACCCAACCUUCUACAAAAACCAAUCAUAUCCUCCAAACUCCACCAAUUAGAGGCAAUAGUAGUACGAACAGUGAAGUCGUUUCUAGAAACCAGUACAAUGCUAGGAUAUCUACUCCUGUCUGGGAAGGAGAUGAUGUCUUUCCUACCAAAGAUGUUCCGCCAAAGUCUUCCCCGAUCGAGCAACCCCCGAACCAAGCAGAUACUAGAAAAGUUUAUAUGGGCUCUCCUCCGACCAGAGACAAAGCUGACGAAAAAGGUCGGACAAGAAGAGUUGCCAACCGGGAGAAAAGGGGCCUCAAAACUGGAAGAUCUUUUUCUGAAGAUAUUUCUAAAAUGGUUCCUGUCUGGCAAUCUGAAAAACCCUCUCCACCAGCUGUUGUUUCCCCCACUGUCCCUCACCACGAGGUGUCCCAUCGACUACUCAUGGAAGAAUAUGAGAGUGAGUGCAAACUGAAAGAUAUUGCUGAUUCCAUCACAAGACCAAGAGGAAGGAGCCUUUCAAGUCAACAUUGCCUGGAGCCGACGAGGGACAGCGAUCUCUCCUCGCACAGACAGAUAAGGGGAGAUCCUGAUGGCUGUGGGCUUGAUACUUCGAUUCUUAGGUAUUCUCCAAGCGACCUCCGCAUUGAUUUACCCGCAGAAGAACUUCUCAAUAUUAAAAGGGGCUGGCUUAUGAAACAAGGACAAGAUAAAGAAUGGACGAAGCACUGGUUCGUAUUAAGAGGCAAUGGACUUUUGUAUUACCGAGAUCCAAAGGCGGAAGACCAAGGGAUUCUGGAUGGUGUUAUUGAUCUUUCAGGAAUUAGUAGUGUCAAUGAAAGCCAAUCUCAAAGGAACUAUGGUUUUCAAUUAACGACUUGGGAUGGAAAGGUGUUUACGUUGUCAGCCUUGACGAGUGGUAUACGUGCCAACUGGAUAUCUGCUAUUCAGAAGGCAGCGGGGAUCCAAGAACAAUCAAGCAACCUGUCUUCUCCUGUUCAGGACAGGGGUAAUGUUGAUUCGGUUGUGAUGCCUACCCCUAGAUCCCUCCUGUUCUCCUCUGAUGACGAAUACAGAACAGCAUCCGAGGGUGGAAGAAGAGAGAGCGGCGAAUGGGGGGAGGCUCUUCCCCCUUCGCCGCCCUUAAAUCGAACGCCCAUGUCUCGGGUUAAAGAAAGAGCAAGAGGUGUAUCUAAAUGGCGGGGAUUAGGAAAUAAAAGGUCAAGGUCGUCACCUCCGAACUCUCGCAGAUCGACCCUGGAUUCUGUAUCGAGCCAAGAAAUGAUAACAGCCAGUCAUCUUUCCUCUGAUUCUAAGGUGAAAGAUAUUGUUGAAGAUAAAACCGACUACAUUUUUCGAGAGAAAACCUUCGAGAAAAAUACUGAUGACAUUAAGGACAAGAAGAGGAAUGCAGAUCUGGUUGCUUUAGAAAGAAAGGUUGAGGAUCUAGUAAAAAGAGAAGAGGAAAGCGGUCGACUAAGAGCUAGAGAUUCUGCAGAAUUAGAGUUGUUGAAAAACAGGUAUUCUGAAGACAAAGAUGAAUGGGAAAGGGCCUUAGUCAAUGCUGAGAAUGAGCUAGAUGAAGCUAACACCCGCUUAUCCGUUACCCUCAACCAGUUUAACGACGCUAAGCAGCUAUCUGAAAGAUUGGCCAGUGAGGUCGAGAGGCUGGAAGCAAGGCUUGCCUCCGCCAUCGAGGAGAAUGAAGCCCUUUAUGCCAAACUGCGGCCAGGCUCGGGAAGGGCAAGGAGCGUAGAUUCUCUUUCCGAUCUGACCAACAUUGAUCUCACUCUUGAUCUUUCUCGACUCGACAAAGACAGGAUGAUUGAGGAGUACACAGAUCUGAGAUCAAGGUUUGAAAAGGCAGUUAGCGAGAUCAGGGCACUCAAACGUGAAUUGCGUGAAUCUCAAGCACAGUGCGAUUGGUUGGAGUUGAGCUUGGUGAGUGCUCGGCAGGAAGGGAUCAGUAUGAAGAUGGAAGCCGAUGCCAGUAGUAAUCUUAUGGCCGCCAGGAUACAAGAUCUUGCUACUAAGUUGUCCGGAGCUGAAAAGCAGAUCAGAACAUUAAAGCAAAAACUAGCAAAAACAGAAACGAGAGAAAAGAGAAGAUCUUUAUCUCUUAAAGGACGAGAAUCCUUUACAAUAUGCAAAGAGCUUGAAGAAAAACUUUCAGAGCUUGAGAGCAAAAUGAGUAAUAUAGAGAUCCCUGCCAGUGGUAUAGCUAAAGCAGUCGUUGCUCCUGCACCAAAAGAAAUAGACACCAAAGGAGACAGGCUGAGGAGAACAUCUCUGGAUAGUGCAACCAGUUCGGAACCCUUGAAGGUUUUACUAAGACUGAGAAAUUUAGAAGCAAAAUUAGCAGCAGCCCAAGAGAGUUCGAAUGAUGGAAAGCAAAUCGAACUGAAAUUAUUCAAUGGAGAGUGCGAUGAAGUUGAUAGUGGUCAAAAAGAAGAGAUGGUGAACGAGGUGAAAAAAAUGGAAAAUCUUUUAAGAGCAAAACUCAUUGUACUUGCCAAAAAGAAGGAAUCUUUGAUUAAAUCAGGUCAAUGGACAAACGAAGCCAAAUUGAAUUUGUUGGCAGAGAAAUUGGCUUAUGAAUCCGUACUGAUCGGCAGGUUACAUGAUGCUGUAAUGGAAAGUAAGAGCCUGGAUCUGACUGAUGCCGAGAGGUUGAUUACUGGUUUGGAUACUAAGAUAAGUGGAGGAAAGCCCAAUAUGGAAACAUCCCUGGAUUAUUUGGUCAAGUCACUUGCCAAGCAUCUGACACAGCAGGGCGUGAAGCGAGCCAGUAGGAAAGUCAAGGAAAGGAAAAAACCUGACCCCAUCAUUGCUGAACUGUUGAAUAAGAAAAAUUCACUUGAUGCAAAAGUCGAAAGCUAUAUUAAUUCUGUUGUCAAUAAACUUGCUGAAGCUUUUGCAGUGGAAAGUUUAGCUGAUGACGCAGGCUUGAGUAAGAACAACGAUUGCCUUCAAGCCGCUUGGUCGAUGGCACAGGAAGCUGUCAACCAGGAAUUGAUCCAAGCGGAAAUCUCACAAGUUCUCAGUCAAUGCUCGGAAACCUACCACAGUUAUAUAGAAAACGAAAACCAGACUAGAUUUUCAGGUAUUGUCAAAGAGAGAGCUAAUUUAGAAAUGUGGGCAUCGCUAGCUGAUGAAAAUUUGAAAAAUGAUAUGAACAAUGCAGUUAAGAAGCUUCAAAAUGAGUAUCAGAAAAGAUUGGAGACUUUGAAGAAAGAAAAUAAUGUACCUAAUAGGCCUACUGUUGAAGAUGAGGAAAAAACUCGUGCUCUGUUGGCGCAGUUCGUCGACGUGGUUGCCCACAAGUCUUUACUCGAUGCUAGGGUCUCGGUUAUAUGUAACGCUGAGUAUUCUGACGUGGAAGGUGAGCAGGGUGCCCUGGAAGAGAGUAGCCUUUUAUCUGAAAUCCAAUUCUUGUAUGUUAAAUUCUGUAGAGAGCUUACUCAGGACUCGAAAGACGAAGAAAGGUUAAAGGAUGUAGUCGAAAGAAUGGCAAGGGAAGUCUACGUUCUUGCAAGGAUCCUCAAUCCGAGCGUAGAAAUUAUGGAAAAAGCGGAACCUGGAGAUACUUGGAUUGACACGCUGUGUAAAAAGUGUGAGCAGUUGAAAGAAAGAUUAGUUACUCUGCAGAAAUGCGCAGACAAUAGCAAAGAAUGCUCUAGUUGUACCACUCUUCAAGAAGAAUUAUUGAGACUUGAAAAUCACCAUGCUUCUGAAAUUCAUGAACUGGAGAUAAAACAAGAGCUUGAAAUUGCUAAACUCAAAGAGGAAUUUGAUGAACAAAAAACAAAUCUGAUUCAGCAUUACAGAGAAGAAGAAGGAAAAUUGAUUGAAAGGAAUAGCAAAUUAGAAAGGGAACUAGAAACAUGGGAAACUCAAUGCAACCUGCAAACAGAGGACCUGAGGUCGGCUUACAAUAACCUCAGCUCGUCGAGUUCUGGCUGCGAGGAUGAAGAAUCUAUGAGGAAAAGAUACCAGGCUGAAAUACAACAUUUGAAGGCGGUUUGUGAAAAGGGUCUCGUCGGAAUGGAGAAUUCUCAUAGGCGACAAAUUCAAGAACUUCAAGAAAAGCAUGAGAGGGAGCUGAGAUCGCUUCCUUUAGAUGCUAUGCGAAAAGCACAUGAAGCGGAAGUUCAGAAGGAAGUUGCCAAAUUCAAGGCCGAGUACAUGAACAAGAUGCAGUCGAACCAUGAUAUUACUGCCAUUCAUAAGCAACAUCAGGCUGAGAUGGAAGAGAUCAAGAGGGAAAUCCUUUCACUGUCUGAUAAAUAUUCGAUAAAAUGUGUAGAAAGUGCAUCGCUCGAAGACAAACUGCGGAUAGCAAACCAGCAACUAGCUCAUGCACAUCAGCAUAUAAUGCAGCUUGAUGCUAGGAACAGACAGUUGAGAGCCCAUUUGGUCGCAGAAGCCAACAACGAUUCAUUGCAAAGGCUGCAAGAACACUCGCAUGGAGACGGUGGCCCCCUCUCUAGUCAGCCUAGGGUAGUUAGCGCCAUACCUAAAAAAGCUGUUGCCUCUCGAAGCCAACAGGCCCACACGAAGCCCAGUCUAAACUAUCGCUCUUUGGAACCUCCACCUCUACUGAAAGCAGAAGUGAAAAGGUGUCCUGAUAAUCUGAGCCUGUGCGGAAUGGUCUCUAAAAGGAGGGAAGAGUUUGAAAGGAGAUUCAUGUCUUCUUGUCCCGACCGACGAACCCUCAUUUAGAGCCAUGCAAAUCUUCACCAUCAUCUUAUACCAAAGCUCUUAUUUCUAUAUUGUAUAUUAUUAAUAAUGUAUUUUUAAAAUGUUAAAACUUAUAUUUUAUUUUAUUUUUUUGUCUAUUUGUCCCAGUGUUAAUUAUAAAUGGAUGUAAUGUUGUUACCACUGUGUAUUCACUCAAUUUAUAUUUCAUACUCUCGGAAUACACUUAUUGUAGAAAUGGAGAGAUAUAAGGUUUUAUCAGGUGAGAAAUAAUGUUUAUGUACUGUUUUCAGUCAGUUGUGUUUUUAAAUGUCUGUUAUUAUUUAUGCUUGUUAUUGUGUCUGUUAAAAAUGUUGUGUAUUAUAUAUUUAUAGUUUUAGAUUUAUUGUUCAAAAUAAAGAUUAUAUCCUUAAAGGGAAAAUUACACCAAUUACAUAUGUUUGUUCGAUACAACCUUCCAUUUAAAAUAAAUUUUGCCAUAUUUUCAGGAAUGCCUCAGAUUCCUAAAUGAAUCUAAAAGUUGAUUUUGCUCAAGGUAUAUAGUUUAUCUAUUUAUUAUAUGAAUAUAUUAUGUAUUAAUGAUGACCAUUAGGUUUAGGUAUUAAACUGCAACAGUGUUUUGCGAAUCUGUAUCUCUGCUCUGAUUCAUUUCUUUCGUUCAUUUGUAUUAUCAUUAAUUGUUACUUAUAUACUUUUCAUUAAAAUUAAAAAUGUACACAUAUAUAAAUAUAUAUUUAUAGAUGUAAAUAACAUACUGUACAUGUAUCAAUAUGUAUUAAAAUGUAUAACCUUAAUGUAACUAUGUAAAACUUGUUAAUGAAACCGUAUUAUAACUUUUUUUUUAGAAA